AUGUUGGUCGAAGCUUGCAGUGCCGUUCUCUAUGGGGCUGUGUUCCUUAGCUUAAUCCUCAUUGACUUCAUCCUCGGCCAUGGGUUCGUGGACAUGUUUCAGAAAAUCUUCUGUAAGAUCGCUUGCUUCGUCAAGAAGACUGUUAGGGAGGAGGCGAAGAAUGUGACUGCGCUGCCAGAAAAUCCUAUAAGUCUACCUGUGCUGUUUGUAGAAAUCUUUGCUCUGAGCCUAACCAUUGCUUUUUUAAACAAGUACAAGCAAUUUCGAAGCAAGGACCGUUUUGAUGAUCUCCUUUUGGAAAGCAAAGAAGCCUUGAGACAGACCAACGAAUUCUUAGAGAAAUGGAGAUUACGACGGGUGCCUACUGAGUAUUCGUACUUGGAUGAGGAACCGCAAGAGAUCAAACCACUAAAGUUAGAAGUGCCCAUCCUUCACAUGGCUAUUAUAGAUACUUUGGGCACAACAAGAAGUCAGCCAGAAAGAGGAGAUGCAGGUGACACGGUGAACAUCAUGGAUUCAACUCUUCUCUCAGUCACAUCUCUUCUCGAUGACGAUCUAGAUUCAAUACCAGACCCACUACCUAGUGAAGAGAAAAUUGUUGAAGAGACUAAAAACAUCGAGUUUAGUAACCGAACGCUUUGGGAUGUUAUGGAAGAAGAUGCUAACAGUUUGGAAGAUUAA